AUGGCUAUUGAUAAUUCAAGAGAAAAGCGUGAAACAAUGCAAGCCAGCUCUGAUCAUAUCGACGAUUUACACGCUUUUCAAGAGCAGGAUAUUGCCUCUGAGAAAGAGGUCACUGAUAACAACUUUGGCAUGACAGAAGAAGAAUUCAUUGCUCACGAGAAGAGUUUGGUGAGGAAACUCGACUAUACACUCGUCCCUAUGCAGCUCAAGAUCCAGUACAAUGGUUGA